AAAAUCAAAAUGGCGCGCGAAUUAAAGCAAAUCAGAAUUAACGAAAUUUAAAGCAGAAUGGAGUGAUGUAAAAAAAAUUAGUCAAAUCAGGGAGAACAUGAAGAAGCAAGGGAAUGAAGGAAGGAAAGUGUUGAAACCAAGUCCCAAUGAAGAGGCGAAUAUACUCCAAGAUGAGAAAGUCAAAAGGAAGAAGCAACGCUUAAAACAGAUCAGAGAACAAGAGAAAGCAUUUUCUCGUAAAGUGCUAAAGGAUGCCAGAAAAAGAAAAAAUAUUGGGCUGAAAGAACUGACCUCUCAUCUGAAGGACCAAUGGGAGAUUGCACAAGAAAAGCGGAAAUUAGAUUUGGAGAAAAAAUAUCAAGAAAAUGUGGCAGAGUUUGGAUUGGGACACAGGACUGCUUCUGAGGAUCAAACAAACUAUUCUAAACCAGAUAUGACUGUGGAGGAAAGACAGAGGGCAUCAGAGAGAUACAAGAAAGCACUAGAACAGGAAGCUAGCCUUGGAGAUUGAACGUCAGCGAGCAGCAAGGAUUGCGUCUUUACCUCCAGUAGUUGAUCCCAUUAAGGACUUAAGUCAGGAGAAAGGUGCAGGAGAAAGUUUGUUUGUGCGCAUAUUUCAGCCUCCACACAAAAGGUUGGAGGAUGCAGAGGAUCGCCAAAGAGACUUAGAGCAAGUAUUUGAAGACAUGUACAUGAUGCACACAGGUUACACAGGUGAUCUGACUGUUGCACUGGAACCUCCUGAGCAUCUAAGACCUUCAUCAGUAGAUAGCCUUCUAUCUGAGAGUGAUCAAGGAUCUGCUGAACCAGUAGGAGCCAAAAAGCCACCACAACCCCCUAAUGCAGUUGUUCCUGAUGAGAGAUCAGGAGGAGCAGAACAUGGUGGUGAGCCUGUAGCUGGGCCUAAAAUCGCACCCCCAGGUUAUGGUGCCACAAAGGGGCCUUCUGAAGGUGUACCCCCUACAGAUCCAUUGCAACGACUCUUAAAAAGGAUUGAGAGGCAGCGCGACCAGUGGAAGGAAAGGCAGCUUCCAGAAGGAAGGCAACCUCCUGGUGCAGGAGAAACAGGAAUUCCUCUUUCAGUUACCUCAACAAUGCUGCCCCAAAGAACCCAGGAAUUCAGGAUCCCAGACACCAUACCAUUUCCUGCUGCCCCAGAACAAAUCGCCGAAGCUGAAUUUUCAGGAGGAGAGGAAGAGGAAGCAGAACCUGGAAGGACUGAUGCAACUGAAAUGGAAACACGGCAGCCAAUGCCAGGGAUGGAGCAUGAAAUAGACAGAGUCAACCCACCAGCAAGUGGUGCAAGGACAUUGCUCCAUCCAUUGGAAGCUGCACAACGAUCUCGCACCACCACCCCUAUGCCAACAGCACAACUCAGCCAACAAGAAGCUCUUCUAGAGCAACAGAAACUCAAACUACAACUGCAACAGCAAAAUCUUCUUCAGCAGCAACUAGAGCAACAACUGCAAGCCUACCAGAGGCAACUUGCUGAUAUUUAUGGACAUGUGGAUAUGCCUGAAGGUCUAUCAGUGCCUGAAGGUCUAUCAGUGCCUGAUCAAAGGCUCUCUCCAGAAGUACCAUUCACUCAUAGCCCCCCUUAUGACAAUGACCCAUUUCUGACAAACACUGGAGCAGUGGACACAGAAGGCAGGUCAUUCCAUGUCCAAGCCCCACACAAUUCAGUACCUCAAACAGAAGAGCCCAAAAGUCCUUCAACAGAUGGCUCUCCAUUGCUUUCUGAUGCCCUCGAGUCCUCAACACUAGAGAGUAUCACCUCAGAUGAAUCUGGAAUGUCCUCAGAUUUCCAAAGAACAUUACAAGCAGCACGCUUAACAGCGGAAAAGGCUGCCCAGUUUCGGACAACAGAAAGGGAGAUUUUACAGGAGUAUGACAAGGCACAAUUGGAUGACUUCCCCUCUGAUAGAGGUCAAAUGUAUUUAAGAAAGGACACAAUGUCUGGUAGAGCAUCAAGCCUUCAAUCUGAGGAGCUUGUUAAUGUUUCAACUCCGUCAACUCUUUCGCUUAGUGUGACGUUAUCUUCUGAUCUAAGUGUGACAGCUGCUGUGUCACAGACCUCACACUCAGGUCAACCCUUUCUUGACACAAGGCGUGUAUUUCCACCCACCUCCCAAGGUUGGUCACAAUACUCUGAUGUCAAGGACGCUACAAGCAUUGCUGCUGCCACAUCAUUGCUCAGUAAUGUAAAGGCCUCACAAGGCAUAGGUUUUUCUCAGCCAUCAUCAGCAAAUGUACAGCAAUUUUCUGUGUUGUCUUCAAGAACUGAGCCAUCGAGUCACUUUUCAAGGGCUGUGACACCACCAGUUUUGAGCAGUGGGCUAGCAAAAAAUUUCCCUGACACAAUUUCUGCUUUCCAACCAAUCACUCGCUCUGGUUAUUCUCCAGGUUAUUUAGACUUCUACCAGCAAAAGAUGGAAGAAGAACGACAGCUCUUCGAAGCUCAAAGAACUCGUGUUCAGCGUCACAGUGACUUGUAUAAGAAAAGGACCCCAGGUGGUUUAGGUACUAAAAUGUACCAGGCCAAAGGAAGUGCAAGCAACAGUGUGCCUUUUAUAGGGCCCCUCACAAAAACAAGCCCUUCACUAUGGGAACAGCCUGUCAGGGCUCAUACCAACUUGGGUAGGAACAUAGAGGACACAAACAAAGAGAAUUUGGGUUUUGUAGCAAAUUCUACAGCAUUUCAGGGGCAGGACAGACUACGUGCUAUUUCACAAAGGCUUGGUGCCUUUGAAAAAUCACUGACUACUGCACCUAAUUCUACAGUUGUUACCUCAUCCAGUUACACCCAGAAGCCUUUGUUCACAAGCGGCGACUGGAGUCAUGGCUCCAGCACGGAGUAUUUGUCCCUUCCACAUGAAUCUGAAGGUCCAAAUGCUCGUGGCAGCAUAGGCUCAACAUUUUCCACCUUGUCCGAGCUCACAGAAAUGAUGACACGCUUGACAUCCACAAGUGAUGAAGCUGAAAGCACAUCAUCCAAGGCUCAGGGAGCAUCAGGUGCCCUAGAGGUACAUUCUUUUGGUACCCAUGGGAGACGAAUUGGCCAAGUCCCAGAAAGAACUUCAAUAAAGGGACCUGACUCAUCAGUUGGCCAGACAUCUUUCACUUCCUUAGAAAGGAACGUUAAUUUAAGGGGCUUAUCUGGGGAAGGGCCUUUAGCUUCAAGCACUGUAAGCAAUUUAGGAGCAAAAGGGCCUUUGAAUGCAGCACUUACUCAUGUUGCUUCUGAGAAAAGCACAUCAUCAUCAGGUACUGUGGAACACUCGCUGAGUUCACAAGGGUCACGCCUGACCAGGGGCUCAGACGGGAAACAAUGGUUUGUACUUUCUCGAUCACAUACUAUGUCAUCUGGAGGUGGAAUGUUAGAGAAGGGUGGUGGCAUCCCAGAGGAGGCUGGUGCUGAUAAUGUGUUCUCUGACGCUAAUGAAGGCAAAAGUCACUUAUUAGGCAGAACAGAGACUGGGUCAGAGGCAUCAAUUUCCUCAGGAAGUCUGUCCUCUGCCAUGCUGCAUUCUGGUACCACUGAGGAACUUAAUGAAACAUCACCCACAAACAGCGAGCCACAGGGACAAACACAUUCAAUGGUAUUUUCUUCCUCCCCUGAGACUCAUGGUGAAUCCUCUCCAUAAUCUGGCCACACUUAGGAAGCAAAAGACAUCUCAGGUGUUGGUCAAAAAUUCAAAAUAUUUUUGGGAAAUUAUGGAAAUGGAAUGGGGAAGGCUUUGACAAAGAUCAUCAAAAUAAACUAAUUUUUAAAAAAAAUGGUCUCCUUAUGUUUUCUGUACCCGCAAAGCAUUUGUAGAGUAACUCAUUCUAUACAGUGCUAUCAGCUUGGAUUUUUUUAAAAAUAAUGGAUUGUGCUU